CCUCAUUUCAGUUGGUGUAAGCAUUUAUGAGAACGCGGAAGCUCGCUUGAAGUUAUGGCGUCGUAUUUGAGUAUAUUUCUAAUAUUGAGUGCACUUUUGACGCUAAAGUGCGUUUCAACAUAUCCACUAGAAGACUUCAAUGAGCCAGAAGUAAUCACGUUGCGGCCAACGCAGGUGGAAAGCGCAACGGCAGCAACAGAGAGAGCGCACACAGGCAAUGGAGAUUAUUUACCUUUGAAAAGAGAACAUUGGGCUGUGUUGUGCGCUGCCAUUUCUUUAUGUUUUGUACUCGCCACAAUUUGUAAAUAUAUGUUUUGCCCAAAUGUGCGUAUUUGUGGUUGUAAACAAGUGGAAUUGCAACGCAACGACAAUUUGUCGAGCAGAAGAGAAUUGCAGUUAUUUAGUUUUUAAUCCAAAAAGUGGACAUAAAUUAAGAAAAAUGUAGUUCUGGAAAUUUAGUGUAUAUGCACAUAUAAUACAUAUUAGUACAUAUGGAUAUUGCGAUGACUAACAAUAUUAUUCUUAACAGCAAUAACCUAAUUCAAAUAUCAAAAAUAUGUAAAAAAAUAAUAUAUUCCUUAAAUUAUAUAGUGAAGCAUAUAUAUUGUACAUAUUUGAAAUUCUUGGAAAAUGUGCACUUAAUGAAAUCUUUGAUUCUUUUUUUUGUUAAAUAUGUAUUCCUUAUAUACUGCAAAUGGAUUUCCUUAAAAAUUGUUGGUUUAGUAAUUUGUUAACUAAAUGUACUUAAUAGUUUACUAAAUGUAGUUUGAGCAAGCUCUAAAAUAAUAUUAGUAAUCAUUUUUGUGUUUUACUCAU